AUGGAUUUUUAUUUCCCGGUCUACCAAAACAAUAGCCUUAUAUAUCACCCUGAAAAUUCCUUCUCUAAUAAUUUCUCUUGGGAAUUAGAAGAUUUCACUAAUUAUUUCAAUGAUGAUGAUAUUAACUUCAUCAACAACUCACAAUCACAAACGAAAGAAUUAUUAUCAAAUACACAAGAAAUCAAAGAGACACAAACAAUAUCAUCAUCAUCAUCAUCAUCACCACCAUCACCACAGCCGCCGACGAUUAAAGAAAGUAAUAAAAAGCCUUUUAUAGGAGUAAGAACAAGGCCAUGGGGAAAAUUCGCGGCGGAGAUAAGGGAUUCAACAAGAAAAGGGGUUAGAGUAUGGCUUGGAACAUUCGAUACUGCCGAAGCAGCUGCUUUAGCUUACGAUCAAGCUGCUUUUUCAACUAGAGGUUCAUCGGCAGUGUUGAAUUUUCCAGAAGAAAUGGUUAGAGAAUCACUCAAAGAAAUGGCUAAAAAUUCUAAGCCUUUGGAAGAAGGUACUUCCCCAGUGUUGGCAAUCAAGAGCAAACAUACCUUGAGAAAAAAAUCCAACAAGGUUAGAAAAAAGAAGAUCAAAAGUGAUUAUCAUAGUGAUCAAAUUCAGACUCAUAUAAAGGCCAAUACUGAUUCUGAAAAUGUGUUGGUGCUUGAGGAUUUGGGUGCUGAAUAUUUGGAGCAACUAUUGAGUUUAACCUCAUAAUGUAUUGACCAUCUAUAUUGCACUACCGUUGUUCUAUAAAGGAUUUUUUUUUUUACAAAGUAUGUAGUUUAUUUCUUUGUACAAAGUAUAUAUAAUUAUAG